AUGUACCAGAAGUCCUCCAUUUCCAUUCUGUUUCUGGCCUUGCUUGCCUUGGCUACCACCUUCCCCAGCUCGGUGCAAAGCCAAAGCACCCGAGUUGGAUUCUAUUCCAGCUCAUGUCCUAGGGCAGAGUCCAUUGUCACGCAAACAGUUCAGAAGCAUUUCAAAUCCACUCCUGCCAUUGCUCCUGGCUUAUUAAGGAUGCACUUUCAUGAUUGCUUUGUCCAAGGUUGCGACGCUUCUGUUCUCCUCGACGGCGCAACCACUGAAAAAACCGCUGGCCCGAACCGUGGUUUGAGAGGUUGGGAAGUCAUCGACGACGCAAAGACUCAGCUUGAAGCUGCAUGCCCUGGUGUUGUUUCAUGUGCUGACAUUCUUGCCCUAGCUGCUCGCGAUUCUGUCGUCUUGACAAAGGGAAUUAACUGGAAGGUGCCUACCGGAAGGUUAGACGGACGAGUAUCAUUGGCAUCUGAGACUAGCAAUUUGCCUGGCUUUAGGGAUUCCAUUGAUGUACAAAAGAGCAAGUUCCAAGCUCUUGGUCUCAACACUCAAGAUCUUGUCACGCUUGUUGGUGGACACACUAUUGGCACUUCAGCUUGUCAGUUCUUCAGGUACAGGCUAUACAACUUCACCACAACCGGAAACGGCGCAGACCCUACCAUCAACCCUUCAUUUGUUCCUCAACUGCGAGCACUUUGCCCGCAAGACGGCGAUGCAGCCAAGCGUGUCGAUUUGGACACAGGCAGCGCAGCUCGAUUUGAUGCAGCAUUCUUUACAAACUUAAGGAAUGGUCGCGGAAUACUCGAGUCUGAUCAAAUGUUAUGGACUGAUGCCUCCACAAAAAGCUUUGUCCAAAGGUUCUUGGGUGUGAGAGGCUUACAAGCAUUGAACUUCAAUGUUGAGUUCGGAAGGUCCAUGGUGAAGAUGAGUAAUAUCGGUGUCAAGUCUGCAACAAACGGUGAAAUUCGCCGUGUUUGUUCUGCAGUUAACUAA